AUGCGAGCUGCGGGCGGCACGUCUCCGCUAGGACCACUCCCGCUUACGGCCAUUGUGGCUGCCAGCUUGCGGAAUGGCAUCGGGUCACAGGGCACGCUGCCCUGGCGAUUGUCCAAAGACAUGGCGUAUUUCCGCGCCGUCACAAUGCACGUGGGUGAGCCUGUCCAUGACGACGAGGUGAUGGACAGCGCAGGCUGUGUGCGGACACCUGUCUGCAUGAAAAAUGCAGUCAUCAUGGGACGGCAUACGUGGGACAGCAUACCGCCAAAGUUCCGCCCUCUUCGCGAUCGAAUCAAUGUCGUCGUGAGCACAUCCAUGACACGCGCGCACUUGGGCUCAUCUGAGUGCGAUGACCACGAUACCCUGAUCGCCCGCUCGCUUGACGAGGCUGUCGCUCUCUUGCAGGAGCGACGCAUGUGGCGCUACCGUGCUCGCGCGGAAGGCGAUGCUACGCUUGAUUCUAGUGAUGUCUUGCGUGGCUCUGCCCUGGGGCAUGCAUUUGUCAUUGGGGGGGCGGCUCUUUAUCGCCACCUGCUGACGAGCACAAGUCAGGCGUGGACGCUUGACUCUCUGCUCGUAACGCGGAUCUUCACUCCUGUGGAUCUGCAUGAAAAGUGCGAUGUAUUUCUUACUGAGUUUCGCUCACCUGCCCAGGUAGCAUGGGAAAUCGAGCGUGCUGAUACAUGGACCGGGCGCACGCCGCAGCCCGAGAAAGACGCGCUCGUGUGCCCGAAUCCAGACGGUCUUGGCGCUUGGCAGCAGGCUACACCCGAAUGGCAUGCACAUCAUUACCCAUGCGUUUUACCUGCUCUACUAGGCCCCAUACUCGAUGACAAUGGCAUGGCCAUUCAGUUCCAGUGUUGGCGCCGAUCCACAUGCGUAUAG